CCUUAUGAACAGGCUGUUUGAAAACGAUUAGCCUCUAUCACUACAUGUGUCCAGCGCUAUCGGCUUUAUUCAGCAAAUCGGUUCAUUAAUAUUCAUUCCACACUCAGUAAACACGUAAAUGUGGACCAGAGUGGCAAUACUUCUCGGACUUUCCCUUGCGGUUGUCAAGGGCCAAGCAACGAAAACAUCGAUCCCAUUGACGUGUGUUCCCCAACAGAAACCCGGAACAUGUCUGCUGAAAUCUAUUAAAGUUCAGGAGAAGGAUGUCAUCGAUACAACGGCGCGAGUUUCUUCUGAUAAGGUGUUGCUGUUCGAAAACUCCCAACUGGAAUACCUUCCAGACGUUCUAUUUGGCAAAUUUCCUAUGGUGGAAACACUACAAGCUACCGCGAUCGGACUGAAGAAACUUUCCUCCAACACGAUAUCAAAGUGGCCAUAUUUGAAACAUGUGGAUCUCUCCGAUAACAUGGUUGGAACCGUGCCGGACAAUGUCUUCGGAUUGUGUCAAAAUUUGGAGUCGAUCAGAAUGGCCAACAAUAGGUUGCACCUUCUGAAUGGUAUAACUCUGAUGGGUUGCAACAAGCUUAAGCAGUUGAACGUUUCAUCCAAUCAGUUGAUUCAUAUGGACUGGGAACCCGCCAGCGGUCUGCGCGAACUUGAGCAAGUAGAUGUGAGUAACAAUCUGCUACCGGCGCUAACAAUUUCGAGGUAUUUGAAAAAAAUCAUCGCCCGAAAUAAUCACAUCCACAAGCUUACGACCGAUGCGGGAUCGUUCAUUUUCAUGGUGGAAUACUUGGACGUCUCCAGGAACCGGCUGAACAACAUUGAUACGCUUGCACGCUUCGCUAAGUUGAUCCACAUCGAUCUCUCGUACAACCGUUUGUUGAGUGUGGAUUUCGCACUUUUCAAACACAUGCACUCCCUACGCGAACUUAAUCUCGCAAACAACAACAUAUUCGAGGUGGCGACCUCUGACCACAAGCCGAUAACGUUGAGUUUAGUGGACCUGUCAAACAACGAAUUGACGCGUUUGUUCGCUAACGAUAGCAAGGGAAUAAGUUCCACGGAAAAGCUACUGCUGGAAAAUAAUUUCCUGGUUAGUUUUGAGGUAACGAAAGGUUUGGCCAAUUUUCCUAGGAUGCGAUCGAUCUCACUCGGCGGUAACGAUUGGGUAUGCAAUGACAUUGAAGCGACACUGGCGGAGCUUAACGCGAAGAAAUUGACUGUAGUCGCUACAAGCCAGAAGUGUGCUCCUCAUCAGAUUUUGAAAAGCGGGCUGUGUUGUCGAGAUUUGGGAUCGACGUUCGAUGAGCUCGUUUUGCUGAAGUCCGAGAAACUAGCCGAAAUUCAACGAAAUUCUCCUACUAAAGGCGGAUCAUUUACAUCAACAGUGAAGCCCACAUUCGCGUCCGCUCCAGCUGCGACACAGAAAUCGAAUGUGAAGGUGUCCUCUCCGGUCAAUGCUCCGGUUAGUCAGACAAAUAAUGCAGAAGUUGGGAAACUCACGAACUCAUUUAGCGAUGCAGAAAAGCGAACCGCAGCAACUGAUGCACAGUUGGUAGCAUUGCGCAACGAAAAUACGGCUUUGAAAAGCUCCUUGAAGAGAACCCAGGGAGAAAUUAGGACGUUGAACGAAAAACUGACCCGAUGCAAAUCUACUGUGAACCAACGCACAGGGCAAACAGUGCUAAUUGACUAAUCGAAGUUGCAGUUGGAUGUAAUCUUUUUUUUCCAACUGUACCUUGCAUAAACCAAUAAAAACGGUGGAACUCACACCAUAUUCUCCAGA